UUCUCAAACGAAAUCGAAAAUUACAUAAUGCCCCGCUGACGGAGAAACAAAGAGGAAUAUAGGUAGAGAGUGCGAUCGCUUCUCGGUCAGAUGUUUGGCAAUAUCCGUGUGAGAGCAUCAGAUAAAUAAAUAAACCGAUUCUGGGCCCCAAGACAAAACAACAAAGGAAACAAGAAACAAUUUGAAAAUUCUCGAUCUCGGGCAAUACGACAGCGAAACAACAAGUUAUUAGCGCUCAACAUAAAAAAAAAGAAAAGAACAAGAAAAACACGCAGCCCAAAAAUAAAUUGGCAAACGCUUUGUUGUCUAGCUAGCGUUUAAAUUAUUGCAGUCCGCGGUUUGUGCCUAGUGAAGUGUCCGAAAGCGAAACACAAUUAAUAGCGUAGCAAGUUCAACCAUUUAUUUAUAAACAUUCUUGCUUCGGUUCAGAAAUAUUUUUGGUCAUUUUUCGCUUUCUGAAAAAUUGUAUUAUUGUUAUUGUGCAAUGGUAUUUGUGGUGUUUGUUUGCGUCUGUUUAUUGAGCAAUAAUUAUGCCACAUAAAUAAAUGACUCUUUUGGCUAAUAUGUUUUGGCUAUAUGUGUCAUUUAAAAAACUGGAAACAUCAAUAAUGAAAUAAGUUUAACAUUCCGUGGGGCUUAAAUUGGAAAUUACAGUAGAUACGGUGUAAAUUCAGUAUUCGAUCGUUAUCUGCUUUUAACUGCAACCGAUUGUAGUUUCGCUUGUGAAAUCAUAGUCUAACGCCAUGGGCAACGGAUGUUCGAAAUGCUGCCAGUGCAACGAGCACAAGCAAAUCAACGGCACACUCUCCUCGGCCUCGUCGGUCUAUAGGAAAAGGAGCCGUAAUGAAAUUCCCAUCGAGAACUCUGACCGCUUCCGCAUCACGGCUACCAGUAAUGCCGUCCAGCUGGCCGUGGAGCAUGUGCAGAGGGAGGACGCCGGCCACUACACUCUGUUCGCCAGGACGAAGAGCCAGGAUGUGGUGCGCAGGCACGUGGAGCUCAUCGUGGAGGACAGAUCCACGGGCGACGAUCCGCCGGUGUUUCUGCGCCGCCUGCUCGACCUAUCCGUCAAAGUGGGCACCCGGACACGACUCCUAACCGAAAUUCGCAGUUCAACAGAUCUUAAGCUUACCUGGUACAGAAACGACCGGAGGGUGUGUGCGAAUGACCGCAUUACAGAAAUCAAUGAGGGCACUUUCCACUAUCUGGAGGUGAGUCCCGUGACUCUCGAUGACGGUGGUCAGUGGAUGCUCAUGGCGGAGAACUUUGGCGGACGCAAUUCCUGCCUGGGAACGCUGACCGUGCUGGUGCCGAAGGCCUACAAAACCCCUGAGUUUGUGGAGGAACUUAGAGCGGUGUUGACGGAACAGGGCACUGUCUCUUUGGAGUGCAAGGUGGUGGGCGUGCCCACGCCCCAUCUGCGCUGGUUCAAGGACUCCAAGGAGAUCAAGGCCGGCGACAUCUUCGCCCUGACCGCCAACGCCGAUGACCCCACCUCGCUGGGAACGUACACGUGCGAGGCGCGCAACUGCAUGGGCGUCACCUACUCCAGCUCCAAAGUUCAUGUGGUGGGACGCGGCAGUCGCGAGGGAUCCCUCAAACCGGCGGACAGCGUGGCGAGCAAUGCGCCGCCUCCGAUAUUCACGAACGAACUGCGGGACAUGAGCCUGCUCAUCGGUGAGACCAUCAUUCUGGGCUGUCAAGUGGUGGUACCGCCAUGGCCCAAAAGCGUCUGCUGGUACAAUGCGAACGGACGUGUCGAUACCGGCGAGCGGUACAAACUAAUUGAGGAUGGAUUGGGUGUCUAUAUGAUCGAGGUAAAGCCCUCGGAAUGCUGCGAUGCUGGCGAUUGGAAGUGCGUGGUGACCAGUUUCGACGGCAGCGUGGGCAUUUCAUCGUGUUCCGUUGCCAUGGAUAUUCCCAGGAACUAUCGCAAGCCAAGGUUCAUGGAAAGUCUGCGUGCCGUGCUCACCGAGGAAGGUCUUGUGUCCUUUGAAUGCAAGGUGGUGGGUUUUCCUACGCCCGUGCUCAAGUGGUUUAAGGAUGGCCACGAACUCAAGCCAGGUGAUGUUUAUCAGCUGACGGGAACCAACUCACUGGGCACCUACUGCUGCAUCGCCCGCAAUUGCAUGGGAGAAACUAGCAGCACUGCCGUCCUCACCGUGGAGGAUAUCCAAAACCAACUCACCGAUGAGGAGCGAAUGGUCUUUACCCAACAAAGCCAAAAUCAGGCGCCAAAGUUUCUAACUGGCUUGAAGAGCACGGAUGCCAAAAUAAACGAACCCUUCCAAUUUAAAGUGGUCGUAAAGGCCACCCCGGAUCCAAUUCUAUCUUGGUUCCGUGACGAGCUGCCCAUUGAUCCGAACGAACGAUAUAACCAUUACCGGGGAGAAAACGAGGACUGGCUGCUGGACAUUAAGUCCGUGGAGUUUGUGGACCAGGCGGAGUGGAAGUGCGUGGCCGUUAACGAUUUCGGAACAAGCAUCACCUCGUGUUUCCUGAAGCUGCAGAUACCGCGGCACUACAAGAAGCCCAGAUUUCUGGAAUGCCUACGAGCGGUGCUCACGGAGGAGGGAGCCGUGAAUCUGGAGUGCAAGGUCAUCGGUGUUCCUCAACCCGCUCUCAAGUGGUACAAGGAUGGGGUGGAACUGAAACCGGGCGACAUUCACCGCAUCAUUUCUGGCCAGGAUGGAACCUGCUGCCUGGGCACCUACACUUGCGAAGCCAGGAAUUGCAUGGGUGUGGUGGCCAGUUCGGCCUCUCUUUUGGGCUUCGAGGAUGCCCAGAGGAGUCAGCAGCAGCAGCAGCAGCAGAAGAGCGAGCAACUGCACGAGAACGAGCUGCAGAGGAACUUCUCCUUAUCCACCAUCCAAGAGGAGCGUACCUCCCAGCUGUACGAGACUCCUGUCGGCGACAUAACCAUCGAUGAGAAGGGUGACGUGUCCUUUUCCUUCGACGGCAAGGAGGUCUCCGUUUCCCUCUACGAGACUCCCGAUCUCACCGAGGAGGAGGCCCUCAAGAUUGUGGAAAUGUAUGCGGAUCAAAUCUCUGAGCAUGUGACGGAGCACAAUAUAGUGGAACUACCUCCUCUGCGUUUUGUCAAGGAAACCUCGCAGUCGGGAAAGCUUCUAAUGGAAGCCGUGGUCAUUGACAUUUCCCCCGAAUAUUUCACAGUCGAAGACGAUAUGCGUACUGAGGCGGAUAUGGAUGACAUAUCCAUAAACGAGAUCACGGUGCAUGGAUCUUCGGGAAGGGAGGACAGAGUCGUCGACAAGGAAACGCAGCAAUAUGUCCAGGAGUCCUUUGACAAAAUGGAGGAGGAGCUUUCGCUAUCAGCACCAAUUAGAAAGCGAAAGAAGUCCAAGCCCACAGAGACAGAUGAGUUCUUCAGCUUGUCAAAAGCCUCGGGAGCCUCGGGCAGUCAAGGUGAGGAGGAGGAGACAUCUGAUUUGCAAACCUUUGCCAGUGCCCAGAUGUCCGCAUCCCAAAAGGUGGCGACCUCUGAAGCUCAAACCAGUCCAGAAAAGGACAAAGACGCAAUGGCUCCGCCGAAACGAAAGAAGUCCAAGAGACCCACGGACAGUGAAUCAUCCAAGACCACCGAGGAUGACGCCCGUUUGCAGGACAUUUCAGGUGCAGUAGGUGAUGGACUCCUGGUAACACAAUCCUCCCACGCAAAGGCCGUUACCGAUGAGAAUGAGAUUAACAAAAAUCUUAUGUCCCUCGUUCCACUGGCAAAGCUGCUUAAGGUUAUUGAGAAUCAUCUGGUAGCAGUCGAAAACGAGGUGAUGGAACAGUCCACCAUGAUGAUGACUCCUUCGGCAGCAGAUCAGAGCAUUGCCAUUAUACGCAACAUUAUAGAUCCCAUCAAGCAAAUCGAAUCCAAGCUAAGGGUCUACUCUGGUGAGACCCAAAUCGAUGCCCUCAUCCAAACCAUGGACGAGGAUAUUCGUCGACUUCACAUGGGUCUGCAGGUAAUCGAGAAGUGUGUGGAAAUCGACGAGACUGGAGCCACGCUCAUUCAGCGCACCAGUGUCUGCAUUAUUGACAGCGUGGCCGACCAAAUGAAACGAGCCCUCGAGGAACUGAAGAUCGUGAGCAGGAAGUUCGAGUCGGAGUGCCUGCGUUCCCAAAUCGAACUGACUGCCGAUGACAUUCAGCAGGGAUUGGAGAUCACCCAGGGCACCAUUAAAUCGCAGGCCCUUUUGCAGGAGGCUCAGGAACUGGAGGCAGCCAAGCAUUUCUCAGAAACUGUUGAAAAAAUGCAAGAAGUUCCAGAUUCCAUAUCCUUUGCCACCAUUUCGGAGGCCAAUCUGCCCAGCGAAGCAAGUGCUCUAAAAGAGAUUUGUCAACCUGUAGCUAAGAUACAGGAAGCCCUGGAACGCGUUGAGAUGGAGCUUUCCUUGGAGGAAUCGGAAGAGCAGAUCUACAAGAAGGUGCACCAGAAAGUCCUCGAAAGCAUUGUGGAGCCGAUUAAGCAGCUGCAAAGUACAUUGCAGUCCAUAGAGGACAAAACUGAAUCCCUGGCAGGCUCCGAGUCAAUGGAGCAGAAAAUCAACAUGGCCAUUCUCGACAUUGUCACCCCACCACUUUUCGAGCUCAACAAGGGUCUGGAAGUCAUCCUAAACGAGAAGUCAGACAGUGUGGAGGGAGGCAUGCUAACUGUUAGUACUGUGGAAACGAUGGUGCCACCCUUGCAGGAGAUCCAAAAUGGUCUAGCGCAACUUGGUCAAGAACUGGAAAGCGGCCAAGCCUCCAUUCCCCAGGAGGAACUCCGAUCUGAGCCAGCACUGGAUGUUGCCGACACCCAGAAACUUUUGCAGUCUUUCGCCCAGGCUGUUUUGCAUUUUGAGACAAACAUCGAGAGGAUCUCUGCACGACUCUCCUCGAACGUAAAAAUAAGAUUGCUCAAUCUAAAGGAUGAACUAUCUGCUCUGAUAAGCUCUAUUUUGGAAAGAGAUAUUACCGGACAUCACGUGGAGCUGCUGGACAGACUGAAGCGUCCCGUCGAUGAGUUGAACUACUGCAUCCGACAGACGGAGGUCAAGAACAUGACUGGUUCCUUGGCCGACCUCAUUGAACCCUUGAGCAUGUUGCAGGAAAACACCCAAAAAGGUCAUGGACGUUUGUUGACAGCUCGUGAGCCCGAUCAGCAAGCUCUGCAGACCCUGGACAACAUUCGCAGCAUCAUUCGCAACGUGGUUAUUGAUAUUGAAGAGCAUGAGUUUAAGAUUCUGCAGCAGGAGAUUCAGCUGGAUGAAGAGCAAGCAACGCAGCAGCAGGACAAAUCUUUCAGUGCCCUGCGGAAGGUCUUGGAAACGAAGGUGUCCUUGGAGGAAGCAGUAGGCAACAUUGAAACACUGCAGGAAGCUCUAAACAAAAUAAGCGAGAGCCCAAAAGCUUCUGAGCGAGUGAAAACAACCUCAAACGAAGCUCAAGUUUACCUCUUAAGGAUUCUACAAAUCGCUAAGGGAUUGGCUACAUUUAGCGAGGCUGAGACUACGCUUGAUAUCAACGAGGCCAACACAACCAGAAUUCUUUUCGAGUGUGGCAAAAGUUUUGCUGACUUGGCUAAAGCCCUGGAAAGUCAUGAAUCCUUGUCCAACAAUGACUUUUUCCUUGCCCUGAAUCAGUUUGGUGAUAUUGUUGGACAACAAAAGCAGUCAAUGGAUGAAAAGCUUUCAAUAGCCAGUCCUCUUUCGAGUCUGAUUCAUGUGCUUGAAAAUCUGAAGCCUCCAAGGGCCUCAAUGGAGGAUUUGUCCACUUUGGAUGAUGUUUCAGUGCUUAGGUCAGCCGCAGAGUCUUUGCCCACCGAACCGGAGGUGGAUCACUUGAGUGCCGAGAAGCCAUCAUCUGUGGCUGUCCUCCUAUCCGACUUAAACCAAGGCAUUACCUCGGUUCUUUCCCACUGUGAAGAUCCCGAUGUCGUGUCCCUAUCCGGAAAUGCCGCCCAGCAUGUGGCGGCAGCCAUUGUCAAGAUGCAAGAACUGCAAAAUAGUUUGGCACUUGUGCAAGAAAUUAAUGUUGUGGAAGCAGCUCAUUCUCUAUCGGAGGCUAGUCAACAGGGCACGUUUGCCGAAGCCCUCUGCAGCUUGGAGAGAUGUGUCCUUCAAGUCGAGGAGUGCAUGGCCCACAGUGGUGUGGAGAAUAUUAGUGAUCUGGAACUUUCCAAACUCAAGACUUUAGCCACUCCACUUCGCGAUGUUAGGCAGUACUGCGAACAGAUUGACGUACAACUCCUGGAGAAUGUCAUUGAUAUAUCUACGCAGGGGGACAUCUCUGACUUGAAGAGCAGUGGUCAUCAACAAACCGUUUCAGAUAACAUCCAGGAGGUGGCUGUCAUCGUAGAAGAGCCAAAAGUGGAGGUGUUCGACAUACAACAAGGAGUGGCAAGUGGCAUUAAACAACUUGAGGCUUGCUUAGAGGUCACCCAAACGGAUACAAACAAGGAGCUACAGCAAGUUGGCAAAAUUAUGGAACGGCUUAAAUCAGAUUUAGAGAAUAUACAGACUGCUCUAGUCACAGAUAGCGUUCAGCAGGAAACUGUUUUGGCACAGGCUGAAAUAGCUCGCACCAUGUUUAGAUUAAAGGAGUCCCUGGUGCACACCUAUGAAUCUGGUUUGGUAGACUCAUUGGAAAACGUGGAGAGUGCCUUUGAAGAUAUAUUGCUUUCAUUACCAAUUCUAGAGACACAAUUGGCAGAGGAGAUGUUUUGCAAAAUCGAAAAGGCCUUCAGAAACUUUGUUGUCCAUUGUGAGCGUCUAGAAGCUGUUGAUCAUCAAAAGCUGAAAACAAUAAAGAAUCCUAUUGAAAAUCUUGUGCGUUCUAUCGGAGCUGUGGCUACUCAACCAACCGUCGAUGUCGACAAAUCAACAGCGGUCGUUGUUCAACUUCAGACAAGUCUUAUGGCUGCUUUUCGCAGUCUAAACGAAGUUAGUGAGCAGGUCGGUAACGAGGUAUUGGGUGGACUCCUAAAAACCCAAAGUAGCUUAGUAACAGUCUUCGACUUUAUUGAGAACAGUGAGAACACGAUUCGCGUCAUAGAACUUCUGCAGGAAAUUGACUCUAUUACAGCGGAAUUAAAGGCAUUAUCUCAAAUCCAAGUUGAGCCAACCGUGCCAAUCGACAUUAGCAUAAUUAUUGAAAAUGUCUCGUCUGGUAAAGCAUUCCUUACCGAAAUCGAGGAGGGACUUCAAGCUAAUAAUCCGCAGUGCAUUCUUUUGCUCGACGAAAACACUGACGACAUCGCUCAACUAGAGGCAACUCUUGUUCAAAUUGAGAAAGAAAUUCUUUCUCAACCGCAACUUACACAGAUUACCGCUAAACAAUUUAGCCUCAUAGAUACUCUGCAACUACAGAUAAAUAUUCUUCAGGAAAAGUUAAACAAACUGAACGUGUUUCUUUCCGAACUUCAAAACCAAUCGGAUGUCUCCUCGCCUGAAUCAGCCUUCGAUAGUGAAAUAGAAAUCAAAGAAGGUUCAGGAAGCCAGGAAGACAUUGAACCAGAAGCUAAAAGACCAAAAAUUGUGGAAACUGAUCAACAACUGGAUUCUGAGAAACAACACGAGACUAAACCAUCUUCUGUUAUAAAUGAGGAAAUAAUAUUAACUGAUUCUAAACUUCAACGUGAAGACAAGACUCUAACAGGAAAAGAACUACUUAAGGCGGUAAGUCAAGAUACUGACCAGAAGGUUGUUCCCGAAAAAACAUCUGAUUUGAAAAUAAUUAAACCAAAAUUAGUUGAAGAUGAAAAGGUAGUGGAACAAAAAAUUAUGGAAGCUGGGGCUCAAAAGGUAUCUCCAGAAGCGAUUUUCGAGUCGUUAACGGAAAAGUUAUCCCAGACAAAUAAUGACGUUAUAAAAUCUAUUAUUACUGAGUGCCAAGAUAUUCUCGAGAAUAUCAAUAACAUUGAUAAAGUUUCAAAAUCUGUUUUCAAACUAAGAGAACAUAUAGUUCACACUUAUGAUGGUAGGCCUCCAGAAGAACAGAAAGACAAAGAGCUUGUUGAAGAAUUCAUUGAAUCACUUUUCGAAGCCUGCCCAGAAGCCACUCAGCAAGUAAUUCAAAACUAUAUUAAAGAAAUUAAAACCAACAUUAUUUUAACAAAAGCGGCAAUACAACUUAUUGAUAGCAACAUGUUUACUAAGCCCUCUCUUUUAGUUCCAAAAUUGGUCAAUUUAGAAAUAAUAUUAGAAAAAAUUCAAUUGGAACAAAAUAUUGAUAAGUCAUCUGAAAAAAUGGUUAGUCUGCAACAGAAUUUAAUGGAUAUGUUUAUUAUACUUGAUGACCUAUCGGACGAAAAGACGGAACAAAUAAGUUCCAAGAUAGAAGAUGUCAAAAAAAUACUGCUUAGCGAAUAUGACUACAUUGAAAAUAAGCAGGGUCCUUUAAAUACUGCAGUUGUUCAUGGAAAAAUACAAAUAAUAACUCAAAAGAUCCUAAAUAUUUGUGAAGACUUUAAGGAUUUCAUUGAAAAACAAAAACAAAGCAAUGUCGAUGCAGCCGAAAUUUCCGUGGGAGACGAAAACACAGAAGACACCGUUGACCAUGAAAUACUGUUAAUAUCCGAUUUUUCAGAACAGCUUUUAAGGUCCGAAAUAAACGAAAUGGAAACUAAGUCAGAGUCCCAGGAGCAAGCCGAAGAAAAGAUUGAGGAACCCAAGAAGCCUGAAGUAAAUGAAGCUGAAACAGAAUUGGAGAAUGCUGAAGCUUUGGAGAAACAAGUUUUAGCAGAAAAGCAAUUAGAAGCUGAGGCACAGAAGCAAGCUGACAGAAAUAUUGAUCAGAAAUCCCAGAAGCCAGAAGUAUCUGAAGUUGUGGCUCAAAAGAUAUCCGAAGAAAAGAUUGAAGAGCCUAAAAAGCCUGAAAUAAAGGAUUCUAAAACUAAGUUGGAUAAGGCUGAAGCUUUGGAGAAAGCAGUUCUGGAGGAAAAGCAAUUAGAAGUUGAGGCACAAAAGCAAGCUGAUAAAGAUAUUGAACAGAAAUCACAGAAACCAGACGUAUCUGAAGUCGUUGCACAGAAAAUAUCGGAAGAAAAGAUUGAAGAGUCUAAGAAGUCUGAAAUAAAGGAUUCCGAAUCUAUGUUGGAGAAGGCUGAAGCUUUGGAGAAACAAGUUGUGGAGGAAAUACAAUUGGAAGCUGAGGCUCAAAAGCAAGCUGACAAGGAUAUUGAUCAGAAAUCCCAGAAGCCAGAAGUAUCUGAAGUCGUUGCAGAGAAGAUAUCCGAAGAAAAGGUUGAAGAGCCGAAGAAGUCUGUAAUAAAAGAUUCUGAAAUUAAGUUGGAGAAGGCUGAAGCUUUGGAGAAACAAGUUCCAGAGGAAAAGCAAUUAGAAGCUGAGGCACAAAAGCAAGCUAACAAGGAUAUUGAUCUGAAAUCCCAGAAGCCAGAAGUAUCUGAAGUCGUUGCAGAGAAAAUAUCCGAGGAAAAGAUUGAAGAGCCUAAGAAGUCUGAAAUAAAGGAUUCUGAAAUUAAGUUGGAGAAGGCUGAAGCUUUGGAGAAACGAGUUCUAGAGGAAAAGCAAUUAGAAGCUGAGGCUCAAAAGCAAGCUGACAAGGAUAUUGAUCAGAAAUCCCAGAAGCCAGAAGUAUCUGAAGUCGUUGCAGAGAAGACGUCCGAAGAUCAGAUUGAAGAGCCUAAAAAGCUUGAAAUAAAGGAUUCUGAAACUAAGUUGGAGAAGGCUGAAGCUUUGGAGAAAGAAGUUCUGGAGAAGAAACAGUUCGAAGCUGAGGCUGAAAAGCAAGCUGACAAGGAUAUUGAUCAGAAAUCCCAGAAGCCAGAAGUAUCUGAAGUCGUUGCAGAGAAGAUAUCCGAAGAAAAGAUUGAAGAGCCGAAGAAGUCUGUAAUAAAAGAUUCUGAAACUAAGUUGGAGAAGGCUGAAGCUUUGGAGAAACAAGUUCUAGAGGAAAUGCAAUUAGAAGCUGAGGCACAAAAGCAAGCUGACAAGGAUAUUGAUCAAAAACCCCAGAAGCCAGAAGUAUCUGCAGUCGUUGCAGAGAAGAUACCCGUGGAAAAGAUUGAAGAGUCUAAAAAGCCUGAAAUAAAGGAUUCUGAAAUUAAGUUGGAGAAGGCUGAAGCUUUGGAGAAACGAGUUCUAGAGGAAAAGCAAUUAGAAGCUGAGGCUCAAAAGCAAGCUGACAAGGAUACUGAUCAGAAAUCCCAGAAGCCAGAAGUAUCUGAAGUCGUUGCAGAGAAGACGUCCGAAGAUCAGAUUGAAGAGCCUAAAAAGCCUGAAAUAAACGAUUCUGAAACUAAGUUGGAGAAGGCUGAAGCUUUGGAGAAAGAAGUUCUGGAGGAGAAACAGUUCGAAGCUGAGGCUGAAAAGCAAGCUGACAAGGAUAUUGAUCAGAAAUCCCAGAAGCCAGAAGUAUCUGAAGUCGUUGCAGAGAAGAUAUCCGAAGAAAAGAUUGAAGAGCCGAAGAAGUCUGUAAUAAAAGAUUCUGAAACUAAGUUGGAGAAGGCUGAAGCUUUGGAGAAACAAGUUCUAGAGGAAAUGCAAUUAGAAGCUGAGGCACAAAAGCAAGCUGACAAGGAUAUUGAUCAGAAACCCCAGAAGCCAGAAGUAUCUGCAGUCGUUGCAGAGAAGAUAUCCGUGGAAAAGAUUGAAGAGUCUAAAAAGCCUGAAAUAAAGGAUUCUGAAACUAAGUUGGAGAAGGCUGAAGCUUUGGAGAAACAAGUUCUAGAGGAGAAACAAUUCGAAGCUGAGGCUCAAAAGCAAGCUGACAAGGAUAUUGAUCAGAAACCCCAGAAGCCAGAAGUAUCUGCAGUCGUUGCAGAAAAAAUAUCCGUGGAAAAGAUUGAAAAGCCUAAAAAUCUUGAAAUAAAGGAUUCUGAAACAAAAUUGGGGAAGGCUGAAAAGCAACUAGAAGCUGAGGCACAAAAGCAAGCUGACAAGGAUAUUGAUCCGAAAUCCCAGAAGCCAGAAGUAUCUAAAGUCGUUGCAGAGAAGAUAUCCGAAGAAAAGAUUGAAGAGCCUAAGAAGUCUGAAAUAAAGGAUUCUGAAAUUAAGUUGGAGAAGGCUGAAGCUUUGGAGAAACAAGUUCUAGAGGAAAAGCAAUUAGAAGCUGAGGCACAAAAGCAAGCUAACAAGGAUAUUGAUCUGAAAUACCAGAAGCCAGAAGUAUCUGAAGUCGUUGCAGAGAAAAUAUCCGAGGAAAAGAUUGAAGAGCCUAAGAAGUCUGAAAUAAAGGAUUCUGGAAAUAAGUUGGAGAAGGCUGAAGCUUUGGAGAAACAAGUUCUAGAGGAAAAGCAAUUAGAAGCUGAGGCUCAAAAGCAAGCUGACAAGGAUACUGAUCAGAAAUCCCAGAAGCCAGAAGUUUUUGAAAUCGUUGCAGAGAAGACGUCCGAAGAUCAGAUUGAAGAGCCUAAAAAGCCUGAAAUAAAGGAUUCUGAAACUAAGUUGGAGAAGGCUGAAGCUUUGGAGAAAGAAGUUCUGGAGGAGAAACAGUUCGAAGCUGAGGCUCAAAAGCAAGCUGACAAGGAUACUGAUCAGAAAUCCCAGAAGUCAGAAGUAUCUGAAGUCGUUGCAGAACAGAUUGAAGAGCCGCAGAAGCCUAAAACAAAGGAUUCCGAAACUAAAUCGGAUAAGGCCAAAGUUUUGGAGAAACAAAUCCUGGAGGAAAAUCCAUUGGAAGUUGAGGCACAUAAGCAAAGUGACAAAGAUAUUAAACUAAAAUCCGAAAUGCAAGAAGUACCCGAAGCUAAAAUCGAAAAAUCUAAAGAAGAUAUUUUAGGCAUUUUAACUUCAAAAUUAGCCGAGUUAUUUGAAACGGCUAACUGUGAUUUAAGUGAAAUUUUAACAGAAAACCGGGACAUAAUUAAUAACCUUCACGAUUCAGACGCUGUUUCCAAAUUAAUAUUUAAAUUAAGAGAGCAUAUAGUUCACACUUACGAUGGUAAAUCUGUCGAUGAUCAAAAAGAUGAUAAACUCUUGGAAUCAUUUAUUGUAUCGCUGUUCGAGGCUUCUCCAGAAGCAGCUCAACAAGUAAUGCCCAAUUACGUCAAAGAAAUUAAGACCAAUGUGAUUUUAACAAAAGCUGCAAUCCAACUUAUAGACGACUGCAACAUGUUCACCAAGCCAUCUUUAUUAAUUCCAAAACUUGUAAAUCUUGAAAGAAUUUCAGUUAAAAUUCAAUCGGAACAAUAUGUUGACAAGUCAUCGGAAAAAAUGAUAAGUUUGCAACAGAGUUUAAUGGAUAUUUUCGUAAUUCUUGAUGAUCUGUUAGACGAAAAGACGGAAAUAUUGAAACCAAAAAUAGAACAAAUUAAAAUGUUAUUGCUUAGCGACUAUGACUACGUCGAAAAUAUACAGUCACAACUGCAUACCGCAGUUAUUAAUGGAAAGAUUCAAAUUAUUACCCAACAUAUCCAAACUAUUAUUGAAGACCUAAAACAAUCCACUGAUAAAAGGCUUCAAAAGCUGAUGUCUCCGAGGUUAUUGCUGAAAAAAUAUCCGAUGAGAAGGUCGAAGCAAGUAAAAAUAAAGAAGUCGAGGAAACUGAAUCUAAAACUAAGCAAGCAAAGCUUUUGGAGAUGA